AUGGCGCGUCCCGUCAAGCAACAAAUCGUGGCUCCGUCCGUCCCUUCCCGUCGCUCGCCCGUAGAAAAAUCCGUCAUGGUAGUCGUGACAGACGCAACAGUCGCGGCGGGAGUGACGGUGCUCAUCGACCCGGUGUUUCGCGCCGUCGCUCUCGCCCCCGUCGACCCCGUGCACUACCCGCUACUGCAGCCCGCCACCCGCGAAAUUUCCGCUGCUGCAGCCUGUCGCCCCGGCGGUCGCUGUGGGGAGGGUGAGGGAAGAAGGGCAGGGAGUGGCGGCCGAACGCUGUGGGGGAGAGGGAAGCAGGGGAAGGGCAUGGCGGGACAGCCAGCAGCUACAACGCUAGCAACGACCGCCAGCAGAGACUUCGCCAGCAGAGACCCCACCAGCAGCGCCACCGCCAGCAGAGACCCCCGUCCUACCCAGUCGUGCCCCACCCGUUCCACCCGUUCCACCCGUUCUGCCCGUGUCCUGCCCGUGUCCUGCCCGUGUUCUGCCCGUGAUUCUUCCCGUAUUGCUGCCCGUGAUUGUGCCCGUGAUUAUACCCGUGUGUUGCCCGUAUUUUGCCCGUGUUCUGCCCGUGAUCCUGAACGUGAUUCUGCCCGUGAUUCUGCCUGUGAUCUUGCCCGUUUUGCUGCCCGUUCCCGUGCCAUACUGACCGUGCACCUCCUGUGCUCCCGUGAUCCUGUGCUACUCAUGCUUCUUGUGCUUCUCGUGCUGCCCUGUGGUCCUGUGCUGUCCCAUAUUGCCCGUACUUCCCCGUGCUUGCCCCGUGCCCGUGCCCGUGCUGUCUGCCCGUGUUCCCUGUGCUUCUGCUCGUGCUCUACCCGUGCUGUUUGUUCCCGUGCGUGCCCCACCUGUACCACCCGUGCUGUCAGUGCCCGUGCUGCCCCGUUCUGCCCGUGCUACCUCGUGCUCCUGUGCUGCCCCCGUGUUCCCGUGCUGCCCCCGUGUUCCCAUGCUGCCCCCGUGCUGCCCCGUUCAGCCCUUGUGCUGCCCCGUUCUGCCUGUGCUGCCCCGUUGUCCCCGUGUUGCCCCGUUCUGCCCGUGUUGCCCCGUUCAGCCCGUGUCCUGCCCCGUUCAGGCCGUGUCCUGCCCCGUUCUGACCGUGUUGCCCCGUUCUGCCCGUGUCCUGCCCCGUUCUGCUCGUGUUGGCCUGUUCUGCCCGUGCUGCCCCGUUCUGCCCGUUUGUGUCCUACCCGUGCUGUCCGUAUCCGUUGGUGCCCCACCCGUGCUGUCAGUUCUCGCUCGUGCCCCACCCGGUCUGUGCUGCCCGGUCUCGUGCUACCCGUCACCCCCGUGCGGCCCGUCCCGUACAGCACCUAG